GCGGCCGCUUUCCCCCUCCCAAGAUGGCGGAGAACUUGCCUUCGGAGUUUGAUGUGGUGGUCAUAGGAACGGGUUUGCCUGAAUCUAUCAUAGCAGCCGCAUGUUCAAGAAGUGGCCAGCGGGUUCUCCAUGUGGAUUCAAGACAAUACUAUGGAGGAAACUGGGCAAGUUUUAGUUUCUCUGGAUUAUUGUCUUGGAUAAAAGAGAACAAGAAAACGGCUGACCCCUGUGAGGGAAACACCCCCAGGGAAGAACUGAUCCUUGAAAAUGAAGAAGGUAUUCCUCUGAACAAAGCGGAUCAAACCAUUCAGCAUGUUGAAGAUUUCUGCUAUACCAGUCAGGAUCUUGCUGAAGAUGUGGAAGAAGCUGGUGCACUUCCGAAGGCCCCUGCCUCUGUUGCUUCUGUUUCUAGUGAGAUUAUAGAGGAAGUCUCUGGCACUCCAGAGGCUGAGGAAGAGUGCUUUCCUUUGGAGGAUCGGCCAUCGGGGACCAAAGGUGAAGAAACAUUCCCUGACACUGCUGCAGAAAGUGAACCAGAAUAUACAGCUGACCACGAAGCUGUUGAAGUGACCUCUCUGGGGGAGAAACCCUGUGACAGUGUAACACCUGGUCAGUCAGUACUGGAAGUGGAAAAUAACGAAGCUGCGUCAAUACUGGAAGCUGCGGUUGAACCAAGGAAAAUUACUUAUUCCCAAAUUGUUAAAGAAGGGAGACGAUUUAAUAUUGAUUUAAUUUCUAAGUUACUGUACUCUCGAGGAUUGUUGAUUGACCUCCUAAUUAAGUCAAAUGUUAGUCGCUAUGCCGAGUUCAAAAAUGUCACCCGGAUUCUUGCAUUUCGAGAAGGCAGAGUGGAACAGGUUCCAUGUUCUAGAGCUGACGUCUUCAACAGCAAACAGUUGACCAUGGUGGAAAAAAGAAUGCUGAUGAAAUUUCUUACAUUUUGUCUGGAUUAUGAGCAGCACCCUGAUGAAUAUCAAGGUCACAAGGACUGUAAAUUCUCAGACUACUUAAAAACCCAGAAGUUGACUCCCAAUCUGCAGCAUUUCAUCUUGCAUUCCAUUGCAAUGGUCUCGGAGGCUGACUGCUACACCAUAGAUGGCCUGAAGGCGACUCAGAAGUUCCUCCAGUGCCUUGGGCGUUACGGAAACACUCCCUUCUUGUUUCCUUUGUAUGGCCAAGGAGAGAUCCCACAGUGCUUUUGCCGGAUGUGUGCUGUAUUUGGCGGUGUCUAUUGUCUCUGCCAUCCUAUGCAGUGCCUUGUGGUGGACAAAGAAACUAGAAGGUGCAAGGCAGUCAUUGAUCAUUUUGGUCAAAGAAUAAAUGCCAGCUAUUUUGUUGUGGAAGAUAGUUACUUUUCAGAGGAAACCUGUGCAAAUGUGUCCUACAGGCAGAUCUCCAGAGCGGUUCUCAUUACUGAUCGGUCGAUUUUGAAGGCAAGCUCAGAUCAGCAGAUUUCCAUUUUGACUGUCCCACCUAUGGAGCCAGAUCAGCCUGCUGUCUCCCUCAUAGAGCUGUGUUCUUCAACCAUGACAUGCAUGAAAAAUACAUAUUUGGUGCAUUUAACUUGUUCAUCCAUCAAAACUGCUAAAGAAGAUUUGGAGCCUGUUGUGGGCCAGUUGUUCAGUGAAAGUACAGAAACAGAAAGUGAAGGUGCAGGAGAAGGGCAAAAGCCUCAGAUUCUCUGGUCAGUAUAUUUCAACAUGAGAGACUCAUCUGUUGUAGACAGGACAUCCUAUGCCAAUUUGCCUCCCAACAUCUAUGUUUGUUCUGGGCCAGACAACGCAUUGGGAAAUGACUGUGCUGUCAAACAGGCCGAGGCCAUUUUUCAAGAGAUGUUUCCUGGUGAGGAAUUCUGCCCACCACCCCCAAAUCCAGAAGAUAUAAUCUACGAUGGAGACGGGACUCAGCCAGAGGAUCCUGGGUUUGGUAAUCCAUCUGAGGCCAAUCCAGAGACUUUGCCUGAGAAAAGCACCGAAGAGAGUGAAAGACCCUCUGAAGAGUGAAUGGAUGGCAAGGCCAGGACUGAACUCAUUUCACCAUGGUGUCUGGGGAAGCUUGACCCAGUCCAAAGUGCAACCAACCAACCAGUUUGUCAUACACAAAAUGUAACCCCAGCGAUGAGAGUCUUGUCCAAAGCCAUGUCCUGAAACGUAACUCCAUUCUUGACUCAAUUUUCCUGGAAAUAGAGUUUAUCAGUUUGUAAAUAAGGUGUUCCCUCAUUCCACAGAAUUGCAGUUUGCCAAAGUCAGAAGCAACACAACAUACAGAACUCAGUUUGCUCUACAGGAAGUGUGGGGAAUAAUUCCAUUAACUGAAAACAGCUCUUGGGGUAGACUAGUAGGUUCUAGGCCAGGAGUAACCACUGUGGUUCCCAUCAGUUGUUGCAAGAUUAUAGUUCCCACC